GUGUUUCCAGAGACGCUCUGGGCAUUGCUGGUCUGUGCCGAUUUGGCACUGCUACUGACCCGGCCGGUGGUCAUCAUCGAUGGCAGACAUAUGGGUCAAGCAGCGCGAGGAACCAUUGCCAAACUGCUGGUGGUCUGCAGUUUCACGUUUCUCCCCCUGCGCUUCUUUGUGGCCCUAGUGGUUUUGACGCUGGGCGUCAUCGGAAGCGUCUUCGCUUCCUACAUCUCCGGGGAUAUGAUGGACCCGCUGCUGCUGGGUCUUAUCGGAUUGGCGGCCCUCUACAAUUUGGCGGUCUUCGAGGGUCAAACUCGCAGGGCCUUUCGUUCAGUCUUGACGGCGCAGUCGGUGGCUACUCAGGUCUUCAGUGAGGAUUUUCAACGAAAAAUAUCAAGUUCCAUUCAGGUGGCAUCUUCAGAUACUUUCCAGGAGCUCUUCCCUUUGUCCACUCCAAGGCCGCCCCAGCCCCGUGACAACCGUGACAAGCGGCGGCAUCGAUCGCUUCCGAGCGGUCCAACUCAGGAGGAGGGAAAAUGGGCCACUGCAGUGCAGAAGUUCCGUAGUGAUGGACACGAGAUCAAGUCUGGCGGCAUCCGGAGUCCCCGAAGUGGCACGGAGAGUUCCGUUCGUCGAGGACGAUGUCACCAUUCCAUUGAGCCUGCGCCCGACUUCAUCAUCAACGUUGCAUCUGAAGCAUCUGAAGAGCUCCUUGGGAGCUGCAUUCUGCCGUCCUUGCCGUCCCAGUCGCGCAGUAUCUCCAACUACAGGAAUGGACAGGCCUCUUCCGCCUCACCAGCAUUGCCACGACCAGAUGGUGAAGCACCAAGGCUUGGGCACGCUUCACAGCGAAAUUCUUUGAGUAUAAGCAAGUCAUCAGAAGGCAGUCAAACUGCGGAGAUCUCUGCUGUGUUGCCAAUGGUUGAGGUCGCAAACGCGCAAAGUCAAACAGAGAUCCUGUGGAAGGAUGGAGGUUGGCAUUGCACCCGCUGUUCCAAGCCACCUGCGCAGCCUGCGCAGCCCGCGGAGCCUGCGCGGCUGCCAGCUGAGAUGAAGCGACCGCAGGAUCGGAGAAGGAGCCGGGGACAAGGCUCCGUGGCUUCUGUUGAAGCUUGGAAGAAAGCGAUGGAAACGCUGACGCAUUUGCAAGGCAACUGGCAGUUGGUUUAUGGCCCGGAGAAUGUCUCCCCUUGGUUGGAGCGUUUCAUGAUUUGCGGCACCACGGUCUCUUGUGAGGAUGUGGAUCGGCCACUUGAGAUGAUUGAAGCCGCUCAUCCGACGCUGGGAGGGGGCAUCCUGCUGUUGGACAAGGAUGAGAUGCUUCAUCGCUUCGGCAAGUCUGGACAACACUUGAUGUUUCAGAGGCACGACACCACCAACCUCACAUCUUUGGUGCAACGGAUGAACGAGGACUCGGAUCCUCAGUGGUUUGCCCCACGGGCCGUUUCUGGAGAGAUCAGCUCUAUGCAGGACCUGAUGGAUGCGCUGGAGGAUGCAGAGAAAAGAGAUGCUAAUGUUCCACAUGCUGGAGCAACACCAGCAACAUCCAGCCAAUUCCAUUGACAUGACAUUGAGUGACAAGAGUCGUUUCGAAGUGCAUGCUGGAGAUGAAAAAAUCCCAGCUGCGCAACGCAAUGAAUAUUUCUGCAGAACGAUCGAGGCCUCGUAGCAGUGCCGAUCUUUUUUGCCCCCAGAGACCUGAUAGAAUCCCUAUGUAUACCC